AUGAGGAUUCGAUCGACCAUGGUCCACCUCGGCUUCAUGGAGCUGCCGCUUUCGGGCCCGUUCAACUUCGCCAUCGCUUCAGGGGGCAUGCUCAUGGGCAUCGUCGUGUCCAUCCUGUGCUACCAGUUGUCCGAGCUCACAGGGCCGGCGCUUCCGCUGGGGGGCGCCGAGGCGCUCAAGGCGCGUGGAUUUUUGGGGUUUGGGGACGAUGGUGGCGACGUGCUCACAAUCGAGGCCGCAGUCGAUGGUUUCGCAAAGGCAUGCCGCGUGCCGAUGCUGGCGACGGUUUCCUGGUCCGUGGUCUACUACAACAUGCUUGGCACAUCAGUGAAUGGGAUGUGCGCGGUCCAUAUCUUCAAGAUGAUCCCGCCGGACAAGGUGACGCCCGACUGGAGCAACAUCUCCUCGCGGUUCAGCGGCAACAUGGCGCCCGUCUUCCUCACCUCGCUCUGGCUCUACACCAUCUUUGUCGACGCCGGCUCUGCCGGCGUCCUCGGCCUCGCCCUGGUCGUGCAGCGGCUCGUCUACCCCUUCUUCUACAUGGUACAGGGCAAAUUCACCUUCUGGUUCGAGUUUGUCACUCAGCCCGGCUACGGUAUCAACGGCUGCCUCAUGCUCGGCGUGAUUGUGACUGUCCUUGGCGGCGACUGGGUGUCGAUGGUGAAAGCCAGCCCGUACCUCAUGCCCUUCUACGGCUGGGUCUUUGGCUCCUUCACCCUCUUCCCAGGCCUGCCCUUUGCGCCCGCGUUCGCCUUUCUGCACUACAAGAUAUUCCGGGCCCUGCACGCGCCGGACCCCAAGGCCUCCGAGGAUGAGAGCAAGGCGAUGGUGUGAGCCGUUGAGUUUAUCACGCACGCAACAGUACUAAAUCUGCCCCGGGCCGACGACCUU